UAAAGGGAGGGUUUACCCCGGACCAAGAUGGCGGCUCCAUUGACGCAUAUGUUCCCAUUGACCGGAGCGCGUGACCAUGAAGGGACCAGCGCGUCUCUGAUUGGUCCGCAGCCUGUCAGUCACACAGCUCUUCCGGGUUCUCUGCAAAUGGCCAAAUUCAGUAGUUUUUAAACCUCCACUGCGGUGGGAAAGUGGACUUUGGUUCCUCUGGUGUCCAACAUGUCCUCCAGGACCGGGUCGGGUUGGGUUCUUCUGCUCCUCUUCACUUUUACUGUGAGUGUCCGGUGUCGGUUCUCCUCCCUGGACCACCUCAGACCCGCAGCCUCGGACCAGGCUCAGGGCAGAGCCGUGGCGGAGCUGCUCCGGAGGCUGAUCGGCUCCAGGUCGGCGGAGUUCGUGGUGUCGGUGAACCGGAGCCUUUCCAACGACAGCCUGGACGUCUGUGAGCUCCGCUCCACCAAAAACUACCGGGUGGUGGCCACGGGGAGCACCGGGGUGGCCGUAGCGUCCGGGAUCUACAACUAUCUGAAAUACUUCUGUAACUGCCAUGUGUCCUGGUCCGGAACCCAGAUGGACCUGCCCAGACCCCUGCCCAAGCUCAGCGGGGUCCUGCGGAUCAGCACCGCGCACAGAUUCCGAUACUACCAGAACGUUUGUACCUUCAGUUACUCGUCCGUGUGGUGGGACUGGCCCCGAUGGGAGAAGGAGAUCGACUGGAUGGCCCUGAAUGGAAUCAACCUGCCCUUGGCCUUCACCGGUCAGGAAGCCCUGUGGCAAGAGGUUUACCGCGCUCUGGGCUUAAACCAGUCUGAGAUCGAAGACUUCUUCUCAGGCCCGGCGUUUCUUGCGUGGAAUCGUAUGGGAAACAUGUUCCAGUUCGGUGGACCUCUUCCACAGUCCUGGCAUUUGAACCAACUCUACCUCCAAUUUAAGAUCUUGGAGCGAAUGAGGUCCUUAGGUAUGAUUCCUGUGCUGCCGGCUUUUUCUGGGAAUAUCCCCAAAGGAAUCCUAAGGUUGUAUCCAAAAGCCAAUGUAACCAGACUGGAACCUUGGGCUCACUUUAACUGUAGCUUCUCCUGCUCCUAUAUGUUGGAUCCACGGGACCCACUUUUCUUCCAGAUCGGUUCCCUCUACCUUUCCCAAGUCAUAAAACAGUUUGGGACAGAUCACAUCUACAACACUGACACCUUCAAUGAGAUGACUCCGCCAUCGUCUGACCCCGCCUACCUGUCUGCUGUCAGUCAGUCUGUCUUUGCCUCAAUGACUGCAGUUGACCCUCAGGCAGUUUGGCUGAUGCAGGGCUGGCUGUUCUUCCAUGGUAGAACAUUCUGGAAGCCGGCCCAGAUUAAGGCCUUACUACACGGAGUGCCCCUCGGACGAAUGAUCGUGCUGGAUUUAUUUGCUGAAACAGUGCCAGUUUUUUCCUAUACUGAGUCUUUUUAUGGACAACCCUUUAUCUGGUGCAUGCUCAAUAACUUUGGGGGUAACACUGGUUUCUUCGGCACAGUGGAGAGCGUCAAUUUAGGGCCUUUCAAAGCCUUGCAUUUCCCCAACUCUACGAUGGUUGGUAUAGGAAUGGCCCCCGAGGGCAUAGAGCAAAAUCCAGUGACCUACGAGUUAAUGAGUGAGUUGGCUUGGCGUAAAGAGCCGGUCAACUUGGCCAAGUGGGUUUCACUGUAUGCUAUACGGCGCUACGGUAGCACACAGGAGAACCUGACUACCGCAUGGAGGAUUCUCUUCUCCAGUGUCUACAACUGCACUCUGCCGGGUUAUAAAAACCACAAUCACAGCCCGCUGGUGCGCCGGCCUUCCCUUCACAUGAACUCUGACCUUUGGUAUGACCCGGCUGACUUGGUGAAAGCUUGGAGGCUGAUCAUGGACGCAGCGCCGCCUCUCAUGUCCAAGGAGACCUUCCGUUACGAUCUUGUGGAUAUAACUCGGCAGGUGUUGCAGAUCCUGACCACGUGGUUUUACCAGGACAUUGCAGACGCGUUCCAGAAGCAGAAGCUGCCGGAGCUGCUGACUGCAGGUGGCGUUCUGGUGUACGACCUUUUGCCCGAACUGAAUCGACUCCUGAACAGCGACCGCAACUUUCUGUUAGGAACGUGGUUGGAGAGGGCCCGAUCUUUGGCCCUAGAUGAAAAGGAGGCGCAGCUCUACGACAUGAAUGCCAGGAACCAGAUCACACUGUGGGGUCCCAGUGGUGAGAUCCUGGACUAUGCCAACAAAGAGUGGGGGGGCCUAAUGGAGGACUACUAUGCACAGCGCUGGGGGCUGUUUGUCCACACUCUGGUGGAGUGUCUGAACAGUGGAAGGCCCUUUAAACAGGAUACCUUCAACCUGGCCGUGUUCCAGGUAGAAAAAGGAUUCAUUUACAACGGACACAAGUACCCGACUGAGCCUCAGGGAGACACUUAUGAAAUAGCCCAUAGGAUCUUCCUCAAAUAUUACCCACAAGCCCUCAGGAGACUAUAGUGAUCAAAGACAUCUGUGAGGACAAACCGGUCUCAUGUUGCAGCAAUAAGAAUGUCUUCAUCCACCUCCUGUUUUCUACGGGUAUCCCAAAACAUUUAAAUAUAGUUGAGACUGAAUUUGCAGGAGCACUGUUUUUACACUUGUAAUAGAAUCAGUCUUCAGUGGAGGAAGAAGAGUUUUAUUUACAUUCGCACACAUGUCAAUUGUUGUUUAUAAGAGGAAAGGUUGUUGUUGGACUGUGAACAUGUCUGAAGUUUUAUACUCAUGGAUUUGUGUGUUAAUAUUUGUUGUAAACUGGUUUAUUUGAAAUUUGUAUUUAUCUUAUAUUUUUUGGUGUAAAAUUAGAUGGUGCGUAGUUCUGUGUCAUUCUCUAUAAAUGUCUGUCAGUCAAAUAGUUUGUCUGUGACACUCGACUGCACAUGCUCUGUUCCUCUUUGAAUAUGUAGCCUGAUGACAUG